GUCUAUUAUAGAAAUAAAAUUAGGUUCUUAUCUUAAUACAUGUGUUUGCUAUUCAAGUUUUAAAAACAUAUUAUAGAAAUAAUAUUGCAGCUUUCUUAAAGACUGUAAGAGUCAAAAUUGGUUCAAAAUGGAUGGAACGGAAAAUGAUGAAAAAAGUGUUAAUACAACUGAUCCUGUUGACAACGCUUGGUCUUUAAAAUUACCAGAGUUUAAACCUGAACAUAAUCCAAACGGCCUUAUUGAAGAAAGCUCUUUUGCAACACUAUUUCCGAAGUAUCGUGAAAAAUAUUUGAAAGAAGUUUGGCCCCUUGUUCAAAAAACACUAGAAGAGCAUCAUGUUAAAUGUGAAUUAGAUUUAGUUGAAGGAAGUAUGUUGGUAAAAACUUCUCGCAAGACUUGGGAUCCAUAUAUAAUAAUUAAAAGUCGAGAUAUGAUUAAACUACUUGCAAGGAGUGUGCCUUAUGAACAAGCAAAGCGCGUUCUUGAAGACGAAAUAGGGUGCGAUAUUAUAAAAAUAGGAAAUUUAGUAAGAAAAAAAGAAAAAUUUGUUAAAAGAAGACAACGUUUAAUUGGUCCAAAUGGUGCAACUCUGAAAUCUAUUGAGCUUUUAACAGAUUGUUAUGUUUUAGUACAGGGAAAUACGGUGUCUGCUUUAGGACCAUAUAAAGGCCUUCAACAGGUCCGUGAAAUUGUCAUUGAUACUAUGCAAAAUGUGCAUCCUAUUUAUAAUAUAAAAGCACUUAUGAUAAAAAGAGAACUUCUAAGAGAUCCAAAAUUAGCAAAUGAGAAUUGGUCACGGUUUUUACCAAAUUUUAAGAGCAAAAACAUUAGUAAACGAAAACAACCUAAAAAGAAAAAGAUUAAAGGUGAAUAUACACCAUUCCCACCACCGCAACCUGAGAGCAAAAUCGACAAACAAUUGGCAUCUGGAGAAUAUUUCCUUACAAAAGAACAAAAGCGCAUCAAAAAGAAUAAGGAGUUAAAGGAAAAGCAAGCUGAAUCGGUUAAGAAACAGGAAGAAAGACGUAACAAAGAUUUUAUCCCUCCUGAAGAAAAGUCCAAAACAUCAUCUAAACAAAAUUCGUAUAAAAUUGAUAUAAAAUCACUAAAAGAAAAGCUUAAAAAAGUUAAAACCAAAAAAUUUAAAAAUUAAAAAUAUCUGGAACGUUAAAAUUUUUAAUUUGCACAAUAUUAGUUCUUUAAAAAUGUUUCUUUAGGUAUAAAUACCUAUAAAUAGAUGCUUAAAACAAUAAUUUACAUAAAAUAAUUUCAUAUUCAUUUUUUCAUACUGUUUAAAUUUUUUAUGUGUUUUAUUAUUGUCGAUUAGUAAGGUCUGGCCAGAUAUACGAAAUUCAAAAAUUAAAGCAAAAUGAGAUUACCUUUUUUGUAUACAUAUACAUGUACCUGCAGUUUGCAGAAAUAUUGAAGCAACACACAUGAAACGUGAAAACAGAUGAAGCGACAAAAACGAUUUUUAAUUUUAUGAAGGACCACCAUUAGAGUUACAAAUGUAUAAUGUAAACUAAAAAGACUGUACAGUACCAUUAUCAUAUUGCGUUUACAUUACGAAAUGAAUGUCUAAUUUUCAAUAUUGUUUGUUUUAUU